CUUUCAGUUUAAUUUUUCUGUGGGAGUUGCAAGAGCUUAGCUCCAGGCUACACGAAGUAAACAUUGGUGGAUAAUAAAAUUUGAAUUUCUGAUAGCUAGCUAGCCAUAUCAGAAAUUUCAAAAAGUAAAAUAAUAUAGUUUCACUGAAAACCUUAAAUAUUCGAUGACUUAGAUUGGACUUUUAUAUUUACCGUUCAGUUUACGGUGUAACUGAAAAUGUUUGUUUACCAUAUAAAUCAAGACAGCUGUCAAUACUUUAAUACCCGACUACGGUCCUGACUUGUUUAUUGUUAUACAAAAAUAAUAUUAUGGCAGAACGUAGUGGGAAUUGUAAGUUUUUUUCACCGAAUUACUUCAAUCCCACAAAAUGUCAAAAUUGUUUCAAGCCAAAAGAGCAACACGCUUCACAACCUGAAGUUUCUGCAGCCACAACUGGUAAACAACAGGCAUUAGGAAGACGAGGAUCAUCACUUGGAAGGAAUGCUGGACCAUCAAAAACAGUUCUAAAGGAAAGCAUUUUGUUAAAAGGACGCCCAGAUAAUGAUGGCGAAAUUCCUCAGAACUGGAAGAAGGGUUGGUUUGCUCUUUUUUCCAAUGGUGAAUUCCAAGAAUAUGAGUUGGUUGAUGGAAAGGCAAAAAAAGACAAUGUUAUUAGCUCCAUGAUGCUACAGGAAUUUAUUCGUAUGUUGGACGGCAAGAUUGAACUUGGUGAAACACUUUGUUUUGGUGUUAAAACGUUACGCGAUACAUUUUACUUCAAAACCAUGACUAAAGUUGAUUAUGAAAACUGGUGGAAAGAAUUUAGCUCUUUUGUUGCUGCUCCCAUCAGACGGACAACAAGCACUGCAUCAGCACUAAGAUCUAAUGCAGGCAACUACAGUAAACCGAAAGUUCAGAAACAACUCUCUAUGCCAGCUGCAGCUCAUUUGACUGCAAGUAAUCGGCAUUCUAGAUCUUCGUCUAUCUCAUCAGUGCAAAGUGACUCGGAUCGACAACAGAUGGAGUCUCUUCGAAGUCAAGUAGCGAAGCUUGAAGAGGAGAACAUGAAGCUUUCCAAAACUGAAGAUCAACGGAGAAAAUUAGAACUGGAAGUCAAUUACUGGAAAGAAUAUGUAACAAAUUCACAAGCCUUCAAACGUGCUGGGGCCUGUGUAGAUACUGUCUCAGAAUUAGCAGAGUCGCGUCAGGAGUUUCUCAAGCUUCAAGAUGAGUACAACGAAACACAGAAAAAGUUAAAAAUGAACAGCGGUAAAUUAUUGAUGCAAAACAAGGAACUUUCAAUGACAAAGGAGAAACUACAAGAGGCUAAUAGUAUUAUCGCAGUUCACAAAGCUAAAAUUGAACAGCUAAACAAGGAUUUAAGUGCUCAUAAAGAACAAAAGGAACUCCCAAAAGGCCUGAUAAUUCCAGCAGCAUCAAAUGAACUCUUCUUUAACGGUGAAAAUGUAAAACCUUCUUCUUCUACUGAAAGUGUCACAAGACCCAGUGCUGCUGAUGUUCUUAGUAGCGAUGCACAGCACUUAGAAGAUAAAUUUCUUGUGCUCAAGGAUAGGCUGAAGCGCAUAGAGCGUGAACUAUUCUUAAAAUCGAAAGAGUUAGAAAAAGCGAAUGAAAGUCGAUCAAAAGUUGCAAAGUAUACUCGGUCUUUACUGCAAGAAUUAGAAACACGCCUCAGCGACAACCAAAGGAAGCUCACCGAAACUGAGGGGAAGCUAAAGAAUGCCACAACAGAAUUGUCUAUAGAGAGAGAACGAAGAAUAAAAUUAGAAGAGGGGCCACGUCGUAGAAUGAGUAGUGUUAUAGCGCCACCAAGGUCACAGUCUGGAGAUUCAUCAUCAUCGUUCGACUCUCAAACACCUCCGAGUGAUCUAUCCGAACACGAUGCUGAUACUAAGUAUGCUGAUUAUUAUCGUUCUCGCUUUAAGGAAGCAGAGUCAUCAUUACUUGAGAAGGAUAAAAAGUUGCAUCAAGUCGAGGAGAAAGUUAAAGAAUUACAACAUGCGAUGAAGAGUAAUUCAGAUAGUUAUAAAGUUAUUAAUGAUUUGCAAUGCAAACUUUCAGAUGCCACCCACAAGCUUAGUGAUAGACAAUUAAAAAUUCACGAGCUAACUAGAGAAAUAGACAGACUGAAAGAAUUUGAAAAAACAUACACCAAAAAAUCUAAACGUUGUGAGACAUUAGAAGAUAUUGUGAAAGAUUUAGAAAAAACAAAUGCAGAUCAAAGUAAGGCGUUGCAUCAAGUGAAACAAGAAUUAGAGAUGAUUAAAAUACGAGAAGUGGUUUUAAAAGAACAAUUACAAACAUUUGCAGAGGAUAGUGAUAAUUCUGAAGAUGAAGACGAGGAGCGUGAUUUGCAAUUAGGUAAGUCGAUCGACCUGAAGAACAAAAUUGAGUGCAUGAUUGAGUUGGAAGCAUUGUCAAAAAAACUUACUAUAGAUAACGAAAAAUUAAACGCCAAAAAUACCGAACUUGAAGCUCGAGUGAAACAUUUGAAUAUGGAAAGUUUUAAAUCUAUUGAAGCUAAAAAAGCUUUGGGUAGUAUUGAGUCUUUAAUAACAAACAGUGAAAAGCUUGACUAUGAAAAGAAAAUUAAGGAGUUAGAACAGAAGUUGUCUGAAGCUGAGGAAAAGUACUGUAAUGAAGUGACGAACUUGAAAGACAAACAGUAUGGUGAGAUGGGUGAAUUAGAAAAGAAAUUUAAAGACGACACUAAACAAAUGAAGGAGGACUUAAAAAAAGCUGAGGGAGAAAUUGAAAACUUUUUGCGUGAGAGAAACGAGAACAAAGAUAAUUUUAACGAGUUGCGUGGCAGGUUUACUAUGGCUGAAAUUAAAAUAGCUGACAUACAGGAGAGCCUUAACGAAGAAAUCAAUGCUCGUAAAAAUGCAGAAGCAUUAUUGAAUGAACGUUCUAGUUUGUUAUCAGAAAUGGAAGAGCGAUGCAAGAGAGUAACAAGUGAACGGGAUUCAUUAAAAGAAGCACAGAGUAGUAAGCGUAGUUCAUAUGCUUCUGUGGAUGAUGAUGGUGACGAGAGAUACGAUUUGCUGCAUACUGAAAACCAUGGAUUAAAAGUAAAAAUUCGCCAACUGGAACGACAACUUCGUUUGUCCUCUGAGAAAUUUGAAGAUGUUAUGAGCAGUCUAAGAGAGAAGGGAUCUCUUUUAGGUAGUGGAAAACAUGACAGGGACAGUGGAAUUGUGAUAACACAAGAAAUUAAAAGUAUUAUUGAUUCUUAUAAUAUAGACAUAAGUGAUUCAAGUAAGCCUUUGUUACGCAAGGAGUCGGACGAUAUUUUUGUAACACCAAAAAGUAGUAUGUCUAGUGAACCUGAAUCCGUUGAGCAAUAUAAGAAAUUAUGUUCUUCUUAUGAAAAACAAGUUAAAGAUCUUGGUAAGCGGCUACUAGAUAGUGAGGAAAAGGUUAUUGAACUUGCUGAAGAAUUGGAGCAACAAAGUAACACUGAAGAUGAUUACAUCUCGAAGUAUAACACUUUGGUUGUACGUAUUGAAGAUCUGCAAACUCAAAUCAUGGAAUCACAAGAAUCGCUCCAAUCAAAAGCAGACGAGCUAGAAAGAGAACGUAAGAAUGUCAUUAAUUUAGUUGAAGUUACUAGUGCUUAUAUUAAAGAGUUGGAAGGUUCUCUGUCUGAAUCGAAAGGCAAAGUACAGGAACUACAAAAUGUGAUUGAGUUAAAUAGAAGUGGUGAUCGGCCACAACCUGAGGGUAGCGCAGGCCUUCAGGAAGAUGAAGAUGCUAAUAAGGGAAUUGCACCAAAUGAACAAAAACUGACCGCUAAGAUACUCAUGUUGCAGUCGGAUAUAUCAGAGUUGAAGGCUAGUCAUCAAAAUGAACUGGAGCGGGUUCGUGCAGAAGCACAAAAAGAAGUGGAUAGUUUACGCAGACGGUCAUUUUCAGCUGGAGUAAGCGAGGAGAGUGAAGACCUGGUAAUGCAGGUUCAAAAACUGGAAGAGGAAUUGCAGAAGCAGCAAGAAAUUUACGAGAAAGAUGUUACACUUCUUCAAAACCAGUUUCAAGCUGAACUGAAGACAGCUUUCAAUGGAGACAACAGUAGCAUGGACAUGUUGAAUCGUAUUCAAGAUCUUGAGAUGGAGAUUGAAGAAACACGCAAAGAAUGUGACUUGAAACUGAAGGAAUGUCAGGACAACUUUGACAGGGAAAAGGAACAAAUGAAAGAUGACAUGGCGACUGUUCUACAGGCAACACUAGCAGCAGGAGAUUUUGGAAGUAGUCAAGAACCACAGGCUGAAAGCAGUUUACUUGAAGAAAGGAUUAUUAAACUGGAACAAGAAUUGAUAGACAACAAGCAGCAGUAUGAAGAAGAACUGGAGAUGGAAAAGGAGGCUCAUCGUACUGAAAUGGAAGAUACAAUCCGUGACAUGAUGAUACUGAGGGACGCUACAAACAGCUCGCGAUAUGAUGACAAUGAUGAAUCUGAUUCUAGUGGCAGUCGAAGUAGCUUUAAAGAGGUAGAUUCAAAGUUUAAAAAGACGGUGUCUGUCGAUGAAAUUGAAAACAUUAGGCAAGAGUACGAAGAAAAACUCGAUUUACAAGCUGAAGAACAUGAAGAAGAGCUCAAUCAAGUUCGCCAAGACAUGGCUAUUGUUAUCUCCUCUUUAAAACAAGGUAACUACUCGGAUACCAUUUUGGAUUUACAAGCAAGAAUUAAAGAGCUUGAAACUGAAAUCGAGGAUUUGAAUGCGGGUUUUAAAAAAGAGAAAAGCAGCUAUGAACUCAAGCUUAAACGUGCCGACUCGGCGAACUUCUUCGCGCUGCGACGAAACGAAGAAAUGGGUUCGAAAAUUUACCAAAUGCAAAUAGAGCUUGAAGAGAUAGACCGAAAGCAUCAAAUAGAAUUACAAGCAUAUAUCGAUAAAUUAGGAGUUGAUGAUGGGAAUAACGUGAACGAAACAUUGAAAAUAAACGAGGAGCUGCAGGAAAAGAAUCGCGACUUAGAGAAAGCUCUCGAAGAGCUUCGUUCUAGCAGAGAUGAUGAGAUGGAGACGUUUUCUAUGCAGCUAAGGACGGAGAAAAGAGAAGCCAUUGAAGAUAUGACGGAUAAAGUGUUGAAACUUGAAGCGCUCAUCGAUGACAUAAAGGAGCGACAUGAGCAGGAUAUAAAACAGUAUGAACGAGUUAACCGCAGCGAAAACAUGGAAGCUGCUGCGAAGGAGAGCGAACGUAUCAAGGAGCUGGAGAUUGUUUGUGAGAAUCUGAAAGUUGAAUAUGAAGAGGAGAUCGAAGAACUUUCAAAGGAGCAUAAAAAAGAAGUGGAGAAGUUACGGGUUUUCUACGAGAAGGAGAUAGGCGAUAUAAAGAAACGUAGUUCGAGUGACGUCGACGGGACGUCACCGGCAUCGCGAAAAUCGUCUGUCGACCAGUCUACUGUCACGCGACAGUUGAAAGAGCAGAAAGAGAAACACGAAAAAGAAAUCGAACACUUAAAGUCGAAGCAUAGAGAAGAGAAAGAACUACUUAUGCAAGCUCAACAAAAAGAUGUUGAAGAUAUACGACAGCAGUAUGACGAAAAAUUGAAAAUGAGUUACAAAGAAGGAUUGCGCCGUCACAGCGUGUCGGAAAGAAAAUCUGACGCAACGAAAAUGAAAGAAUUGAUCUCCGAGAAAGAAGCAGUGCAGUCGAGGUUACUUGACUUUGAAAUAAAAUACGACACUGACACGAAGGAGCUAAAAGAUAAAAUUCAGCUUUUGCAGAAAGUCAUAUCGGAUUUAAAAGGCGGUUACGAUCAGGGUUCCUCAUCGGUAGAAUUAAGUCAACAAACGCUAGAUACUUUAUCGGAAAACGAAAGUCUGCUCGAGGAUGAGUCGCAAAAAAAGUUAAAGGAAAUACAAGAACAGAUCGAACGAUACGAGCGCCGGAUCGAGUAUUAUCGUGAAAAAUCGCAGCGCGAGAAAACGGAGGAAAGCCACCGUGUAUCGGAGUUGCAAUCUGAGAUUGUGGACCUGCACCAAGAAAUAAACAAUAUAAAACAAACCAAACGAAAAGAAGUAUACGAGAAAGAAAAGAAAGAGAAAUCUCCGCACCACAAAAGCCUUCCACGACGAAAUACUGACGGAUCAACGUCAACAAGGCGGCAUACGGAUAGUGAUGCUGUCAAGACGCGCCUUCGAGAACGCGAUCCUAAAAAACGAUGGUCUAAUUUAGAGGAACGAUCGGAGGUAAUAGCUCGAUCUAUCGCAGAACUGGAUGGCAAACGGAAUCCUAAAUUAGCUACCCUUCUGAAGAAAGAUGAGGGAAAGUCAGGAACCGUUCUUGCGCGUAAAACGCUAUGGGAGAAUAUUACGGUAGACGAAACUUCGAAAACGAAAAGUUUGCUCUCGAAAACACAAUCUGUGAAGUGAUCUGUUUUCACGUCGUUAUCAAACAGAACCGACCGUGAUUGAUAUGGCGUUGCGAUGAAAUAGUCACGUGGCUGAAAUCCAAGGUAUAAAUUCAUGUGGGAGAGACUUCCUUGAAGGCGUAAAAAGUAAAGAUCUCCCUUCAAUUAAGACAUAUAUAUUUUAGGUAGAAUUUUGUAAGGAAAAAUAAUUUUAACAAUUUCUCUGAACACAUACAUACAAGCUAAAAAAAGUAUCGCUUUCACGACUUGUAAAAGUUCUUUUUAAUUUUAUUCAUUAUAUAUUGUUACCAUCUGAUUGCAGACUGUGUUGUUGAGUUUAAGAGAAAAUUCUUAUUUAUUUUUAUUAUUAUUACUUAGCAAUACUUUAACGAGAUUAAUUUUCGUGGUUUUUCGCUAGUUUCGCGAAAAUUUAUCAAAAUUUAACUAUUCGUGAGAAGAGGAAGUUAUCAUUUUUACAUUUUAUGGAACAUAUUGAAUUUUACCAUAUCGAAUUUUACCAUAUCUGUUUGUUUAUUUUUUCUGCGUUUCUUAUUAAUAUUUGUUCUUAUUGCCCAUAAUAAUUCGCGAAUAUUUAUCGCAAAAACCACGAAAAAAUCCGUUUUGCGGGAAUUAAUCUCGUUAAGGUUAAGUGUGCUAUCAGAAACGAAAUUUUGAACGAAUUCAAAUUGCACAAGACCAUGUUUGGAAUGAGUGGUGUGGUUCUAGUAUAUUACUUCUAGUCUUGGUUUUUACUAUUAUAUGGUUCUUAAGGUAAUUCAUAUUGAAUAAUCUUAUUCUUUUUUUUCUUUGGUUUAAUAGUUGUAAAUAAACAAAUAUUUUAGCCUCUUAUCAGAAGGCCUGUCAUUAAACUUGUUAUGACCUUAUUUCACGUACUGAUGCGAAAUCCCAGACUGGUUAUAAUGGCUACCAGUUUCGUGUUAGAAUGUCACGAAUUUAGCGGAUACACAGACGUACAACGUCUCGCUACUUGCAUACAGUAUCGGUUGCAACUUCACGCCAGGAACAACAUUGAUUGAAGUGUGCAUAUUAUUGACUUCAAAAGUCAUUUAAAAAAUGUCAAUUUUUCAUUGUGAUGUCAACUUCAAACCCAGCCCUCCUUUCCUAUUCAUAUCGAUCAAAUCGAUAAGUUUUUAUUUGCUAUGUAUUUCAAAUGCAAGUUCAUCUCUUGUUGUAACUGUGAUUGGAUGGAUCGUCAAGACAAAUUAGCGUUGAUAGAUUAUACGAAAGUGUAAAUGCCAAGCAGCGUACAAAGAGAUAUUCAAGUUGCAUUUGCAACGGGAGAUGAAUGAUAAAUUUAUAUAUUUUUUUCUUUUAACUAGUAUUUAAUUUUAUAUCUUAUAUAUUUGUGAGAUUGAGUGCAGUCCGACUUUCUACAACAAGAGUUUAGGAAAACAUCCCUUUAAGAAAUGCCUAUUUAAUGAAACGCCCCUAUGAUAAAACGCCAAAAAACGCCCACUUAGUAUAAAACGCCCAGUAUAUAUUCUGUCUUUGAAAACAGUCUAAUUUUUAGAUACUUUGUAUUUAUGAAGAUGUAAUUGAGUGUGAACAAGCAAGUGUAAACCAGGCCUUUGUUCCGUAAUGUUGCGUUUUUUACUUUUAUUACUAUGGAAUGCUUUUUGAAGUAUGGAAAAACUGGGUUCAUAUUUAAUUAUAUAUAAAUAUAUAUAUAUUUGUUUAUAUAGGCUGAUUACUUUUUAUACAAUCAUUGUGCAGAAGCAUAAUUUACAUAAAGUAUAA